CGGCUUGAGUUAGCCGCAGUAACGACACGAUUGUCACUAUGGCAGUUCAUUGGUGUGUUAUACUUGUUCUAUCGGUGCAUGUAUAUGUUACUCGUUGUACACCUGCCAUUGAUCUAAAUGGGCAAUGGGAAGUAUUAAAUAUUAAGCGAGGAUAUCGAAUUCCAGCUACCGUUCCAGGUUCAGUAUAUACAGCAUUAAUUGAGAGUAACAUCAUAGGUGAUCCUUAUUAUAGGGAUAAUGAUGCUAAUUACAAGUGGAUUGGGCGAGAAGACUGGACUUACACAAGAACUUUCGAAGUCACUGCUGAAAUAUUAUCAAAAGCAUCAGUUAUUCUGGUAGCGGAAGGUUUAGAUACGUUUGCUACUAUUAUCAUUAAUGGACAGACGAAUUUGGCGACAACAAACAACAUGUUUAUAAGAUACGUAUAUGAUAUAAAGAACUUCCUCAAGGUUGGUAGUAAUAAUAUAACAAUAGAGUUUAAAUCAGCUGUAUUAAUGGCGGAUGCACUGGCUAAAAACUCAUCCUAUGAUAUUCCGCCAGAUUGCCCUAAUCCAGCACAAAAUGGUGAAUGUCACAGAAACUUUAUAAGAAAGGAACAAUGUUCGUUUAGUUGGGAUUGGGGACCAUCAUUCCCUGGACAAGGAAUUUGGAAGAAUAUUUCAAUCGAUGCCUUUAAUACUGGUGUUAUUAGAGAACUCACAGCUACGCCUCUAUUAGUAAACAGUACAUGGUCAAUUGAUAUUCAACUGUAUCUAGAUGUGAACAAUAUGAACACAACAGGUAGACUCAAGACAAGCUUACAAUUAGCAGGGCUAACAUCAUCUAAGUUAGUAUCAAGAACAAUAUCAGUAUCAACUGUACAAUCGGAGUUUUUGUAUAGAUUUGCUGUUCCAAAGGAACUCCCUAUACAUUUGUGGUGGCCAAAUGGAUAUGGAGAACAGGCUCUAUAUUAUUUAAAUGUUCAGUUUAUUAGCGGUGAUGAAAUGGCACAGAAAACAGUAAGACUUGGAUUCAGAACAAUCGAACUUGUACAAGAACCAGUAUCCGGUAAUUCAUCCCAAGGUUUAACAUUCUAUUACCGAGUCAACAAUGUGCCAAUAUUUUUCAAGGGAACUAACUGGAUUCCAGCAGACAGUUUUCAAGAGAGAAUUACAAAAGCAAGGCUAAGGAGUAUUUUAGAUUCAGCUGCUGAAGUUCACAUUAACUCAAUGCGAGUAUGGGGUGGAGGGGUAUACGAAAGCGAAGACUUUUAUGAUAUAACUGACGAACUGGGUAUAUUAAUCUGGCAAGAUCUUAUGUUUAGUGAUGCUCUCUAUCCUACCACUUUAAGUUUCCUGAAUACAGUUUCAGUAGAAGUAAGCGAUCAGGUUCGCAGAUUGAAGCGUCACCCUAGUAUUGCUCUAUGGUCAGGAAAUAAUGAGAAUGAGGGCAUCGUUUCCACGAAGAAAGAUGCACGUUUAAGACAGGAUUAUGUUAGACUAUAUAUAGAUCUGAUCAUGCCCAUUGUUACAAUCGAAGAUAAAACCAGACCCUUUGUACCGUCUAGUCCUAGUAAUGGCCCAGAAUCAAAGAAAGAAGGAUGGAUUGCAAAAAACACAGGAUCAGAAUAUUAUGGAGAUGUACACUAUUAUAACUAUUAUGCGGAUCUAUGGGAUUGGAAAACAUUUCCGAUUACUCGUUUUACGUCUGAAUAUGGAUCGGAAGCAUGGUGUAAUUAUGAAACUAUUGAACCAGUUUUUAAUGAAUCAGAUCUAGACUACUAUUCAGCUAUGUCCAAUCACCGUCAACACCACCCAAUGGGAAAUCAACAAAUGAUUAACCAGACUAAGAUGCACAUUACUCUACCUAAUUCAAAUGAUCCUAAGCAACAAUUUAAAAAUCUCAUUUAUGCUAUUCAGAUUCAUCAAGCAAUGGCAAUUCGAACAGAAACUGAACAUUAUAGACGAUAUACAAACCAACUUACAGACGAUGGUCGUGGUUUGACCAUGGGGGCAUUAUACUGGCAGUUAAACGACAUAUGGCAAGGACCAACAUGGGCUUCAAUAGAUUUUGACGUCAAGUGGAAAAUGCUACACUACUAUGUCAAGAAUUUUUUAAAUCCCAAUUUGAUUUCUCCGUACAUCGACGACAAUAAUCUAAAUAUCUAUAUGGUUAUUGAUGAAAUUCCGGUUUACCAAGAUAGAUCUUCUACGGGAAACCGUCAAAUACAAUUUCGACCGCUGAAAAUCGCGAAGAACUUUGUGAAUACUAACUAUGAACACAGGGAUAAAAUAAAACAGUUAGAGAAGUCGGUCAAUGCAUCGUCUGGACAAGUUAUAAUGGAAAUUUAUAACUGGAAGAACAUGUCACCCUUGAAAACCUGGACAAUUCCAUUUAAUUUAAAUCUAACAUCCGAAUUAAUAUUCCAAAGAAAUGUAGCUGAUAUUUUAUCAGAAGCUGGUUGUUCAGACAAGAAAGGUUGUUUCUUUUAUUUUUUUCUCAACUCGAAAAUUAAUCCAACCAGUACAUCAUGGCUUCCAUUAACAUAUUUCACAGACACUCAAGGUGUUAUACCAAAAGCUAAUAUAGAGAUAUCGAAUGUUGUUGCACUCACAAGUACACAAUUUACAGUAACUCUUAUGACAGAUAACAUUGCCCCAUUUGUAUGGAUCAACGCCUACAAAAUAUCAGGAAGAUUCUCUGAUAAUGGUUUUAUUAUGAAAGAUCAUCUAGUUCAAUUAACCUUUAAAUCCUGGCAACCCGUUAGCCUCGAUACAUUCAAGAAAUCGUUGAGCGUACAAUCCUUAAUGGAUAUUUAUUCAAAUUAGUUUAAUAACAAAACCACUCCGAAUGCAUGUGGCUACUAAAUAAGUGUGUCUAAAGAAAUUAAUUCCAGAAGUUAACUGAUUUUAUAUGGGUUAUAUAUAUAACUAUUGAAAA